AUGGUCCUCGUGCUCCAGGCGAUUCUGGUUGGCGUCUUUAUUGGCGUCGUUGUCGCAGGCUGCAUCGCGUACAUCAUAUCCCGCCAUUGCCGCAGCCAAGCCGCAGUGGCCGACGUCUACUUUGCGUAUCCCUCGAGAGCGCAGCCCGUGGUGGCGACCAUCUACCGCGGCGGUUGCAGCAUCUUUUAUAUCGUCAUCUUGCUUCUCGAGCUCGUCGAAAAUGGGUUCUCGAUCUACAAGUACUAUACGAUCUGGAACUUUACGCUGCAGCUCAUCUACUUUGUCUGGGCGACGACGUUCUCGCUGCGGCUCGCGAUGCUGCCAGCCAAGGCGCCGAUUCACGUGACGCCCGAGCUCCGAACACUCAACACCCUCUUUGGCUGGGUCCUCCCCGUGAGCUUCGUUGUCCUUAUUGUCUUUUGGGCACUGCUUUACGGGCCUGGCUAUGACCUCUCGGCUUACUCGGUCGCCGAGCACGCCGUCAACAAUAUACUCUUGGUGCUCGAGUUUGCCGCCAACGACUUUUACGUCGGCAAAGCCAGCAUCGUGUAUGCGUGUCUGCUCUGGCCAGCGCUCUACGCGGCGUGGGCGUGCCUCUCAUACGCCACGUGGCUCGGGUCGUGGCCGUACAAGUUUUUGGACCUCGACAAGAACAGCGCGAUUGGCUGGUACAUUGGUGUGCUCCUCGGCCACUUUAUCCUUUUUGGCGUCGCAUACCUUCUCAGCGUGCUCAAGCGCAAGCUCAAGCCGUCGCUCGUGACGACGCCCCCCAUCCUGGCCGAGCCACUGCCCGUCAGCAGCACGGACCUCGACUCGAUUCAAAUCGCGCCUUGACACAACAAAGUGUCGUAGGACAUAGCUUUAGCACGAUAAAGUAUACAACUCAUACUGUAGAACC